CGCGGCUUGACGGCGACGACGCCAACAGACACCCAUCCAUGCGGCGCGAUGUGCGCAUCCUGCUCGUCGGCGACGAGGGCGUCGGCAAGAGCACCAUCGUCACCUCGCUCAUCAAGGAGGCCUUCGUCGCGCAUGUCCAGCACGUCGUUCCCGAGGUCACCAUUCCGCCAGAGGUCACGCCCGAGAACGUAACAACGUACAUCGUCGACACAGGCGCCGGCCCCGCGGACCGCGCGCACCUCGAGAGCGAAGUCCGCAAGGCGCAUGUCAUCUGCGUCGUCUAUGCGAUCGACAACCCGCUCUCCUUUGACCGCAUACCGACCUACUGGCUCCCAUACUUCCGCCAACUCGGUGUCAAUGUCCCCGUCAUCCUCGUCGGCAAUAAGAUCGACCUGCGCGGCGGUGAGGUCACGAACGAGGCUCUCGAGGAUGAGAUUGUGCCCAUUAUGAACGAGUUCAAGGAAGUAGAGACUUGCGUCGAAUGCUCUGCUCGCAUUCCCCUCAACGUCUCUGAAGUAUUCUACUUUGCCCACAAGGCCGUUCUCCACCCAACUGCACCCCUCUACGACUCGCGCGACCACGUCCUCAAACCUGCUUGCGUCGCCGCAUUGACACGCAUCUUCAAGCUGUGCGACGCGAACAAGGAUGGCGUUCUCGACUCUUCCGAGCUCAACGAGUUUCAGCGCAAGUGCUUCGAUGCACCAUUGCAGCAGCAAGAACUCGAAGGCAUCAAGGAAAUGGUCCAACAACACGCAGAAGGCGGCGUCCGGGAAAUCGUACAUGCCGACGGUACAACAGAAACAGGCCUCACCGAAGCCGGCUUCCUCUACCUCCACACCAUCUUCAUCCAGCGCGGUCGCUUGGAAACAACCUGGACUGUUCUCAGGAAAUUCGGUUACGCCGAAGACCUCCGCCUCACCUCCGCCUUCCUCUCGCCAAAGUUUGACGUCCCAGCCGACUGCUCUGCCGAGCUUAGCCCGCUGGGAUAUCAGUUCUUGACGGACAUCUUCGAGACGUUUGAUAAGGACCGCGACGGCGCCCUAUGUCCCGCAGAACUCGAGGAGCUGUUCAGCACCUCGCCGGGGAACCCAUGGGCAUCUCAACGCUUCCCCGACACCACCGUCUCCGACGACGCAGGGGCUGUCACUCUACAGGGCUGGCUGGCGCAGUGGAGUAUGACCACGCUCCUCGACCACAAAACGACUUUGGCAUAUCUCGCCUACCUUGGCUACCCGGACGAGCCGCGAACGAACGCGCUGCAGGUGACAAGACCGAGGAGGGUGGACCGAAGGAAGGGGAAGGUCACCCGCAACGUCUUCCUCGCCUACGUCUGUGGCGCGGCCGGAUCCGGGAAGACCUCCCUGCUGCGCGCCUUCGUCGGCAAGCCGUUCUCGAGCGUGUACGAGCCGACGAGUCGGUUGUUGAGUGUGGUGAACUCGGUGGCGAUUGGCGGGAGUGAGAAGUACUUGGUGUUGCAAGAGUUUGGCGCAUCACACGAAGCAGAAACACUACGAAACAGCAAGAAAACUGACGGCGCGGAUGUCAUUGUCUUCGUACACGACUCGAGUGACACCAACAGUUUCAGCUACAUCAGUAACUUGCGACAACAAUACUCCCUCGACCACAUCCCCACCAUCUUCGUCGCCACCAAAUCCGAUCUCGAUCUCGCGCUGCAACGACACGAGGUGCAACCAGACGUGUACUGCAGGCGACUGGGAUUAUCAGUACCGGUAGCUGUCAGCGUGAAGACGGGGCAGACGGCGGAUGUGUUCCAUGCGAUUUGUGGUGUUGCGAUGAACCCGAACAGCGCCAUCCCUGGUGGUGCAGAUCGGAAUGCGCAGGCUGCGCGUUUGCGAACGUACAUCGCUGUGACCGCCACUUUGACUGGGUUGAGCGCUGCUUUGGUCAUGCUGCUCAAGAGGCGAGACAUGGGCAGCGGCGGGUUCGUGGCGUGGGCAGCAGGGUGGACAGGGUGGCUCUUGGGGCGGCGAGAUUGAGUCUCUGCACGGUAGAUCGUGUCACUUCACACACAAAAGCUAUCAUUAUACGUACUCAAGGAUCUCAUAAUCCGAUUCUCUCAUUGCUC